GAUCAUAAAGUCACAAUUUGGUUGUUCUAAUAAAACGAAUCCAUACAAACAAGCUUAUAUCAAGAUUUACGUAGCCCAAAACCACCGGCGAUUCCAGUAAAUGGCGCGUGAUGCUAUUAUCCGUCCACCGUGUAAUCUAAUUUUAUAUGAGGCGAUCGUUAUAAUUCUUUUAGUGUCCGUCUGAACACCCAGUUGCCUAAACUUUCAGUCAGUUCAUGUGACUCAUUUGUGAAGAAAGUUUGUGUCGGAACAAUGGCUCGUGCGAAUUGGGAGCUUCCGAUAACGCGUCGGAUAAAAAUUCGACGACACAUUCUCUUCUCCCGCAUUGCAAUUAGCCACAACACUAUUUCGAAUUAGAUGUAGGUAGUAGGUACCUAAAUGUGUUAAUGAAUAAGUGAAGAACACAGGAACGAACAGGAAGUGUUAGAAAAGAUUUCGACUCUGUUAAAGUUCUUAAAGUGUAGUGAAAAUGUUGGCGUCAACUGCCUCGGCCAAUAUGAGUCGACACUCAUUGUCGACGGUGUUUCAAAAGAGACGCUCCGUUGACCGACCACUCGUCAUGAGUCGUUCAGAGAGGCCCGUCCUGGGCACGAGGCCGCCGCCACCUGCGGCCAUCCUGAAAGCCGUCGACGGGCCGCGACCCCCUGGCUGGAACGGUCAGCCGCGCAGACACGGCUCCAGUCGCUUUAGUGUACACAAUCAGAAUCAAGAGCUCGUCAAACUACCGCCUAUUAAAGAUGCACCGGCAGCUGAAAGAGAACAGUUGUUCGUACAAAAGCUUCGGCAAUGCUGUCUGCUUUUCGACUUCGCGGACGAGCCGCUGUCGGACCUCAAAUGGAAGGAGGUCAAAAGGGCUGCACUGCUCGAGAUGGUCGAGUACGUGACCUCGCAGCGGGGGGUCAUCACCGAAGCUAUUUACCCGGAGGCGGUUAAUAUGUUCGCGAUCAACUUAUUCCGAACACUGCCGCCAUCUUCAAACCCAAAUGGUGCAGAGUUCGAUCCGGAGGAAGACGAACCAACACUAGAAGCCGCCUGGCCGCAUCUCCAGCUGGUCUACGAGCUGUUCCUCAGACUACUGGAAUCACCUGACUUUCAGCCCAACAUUGCCAAGAAAUAUAUCGAUCAGAAAUUCGUUUUACAGCUACUAGAGUUAUUCGAUACAGAGGACCCGCGGGAACGCGACUUCCUCAAGACGACACUGCACAGAAUAUACGGGAAAUUCUUAGUCUUACGCGCCUACAUAAGAAAACAAAUAAAUAAUGUAUUCUAUAGGUUUAUAUACGAAACAGAACACCAUAACGGUAUCGCGGAGCUAUUAGAGAUUCUAGGUUCUAUCAUAAAUGGUUUUGCGCUGCCGCUCAAGGAGGAACACAAAUUAUUUCUACUCAAGGUGCUACUGCCUCUGCAUAAGGCGAAAUCGCUGUCGGUGUACCACCCACAGCUCGCCUACUGCGUGGUGCAGUUUCUAGAGAAAGACCCCUCGCUCACACAGCCCGUCAUCAGGGCACUAUUGAAAUACUGGCCAAAGACCCACUCGCCCAAAGAGGUCAUGUUCCUCAACGAGAUGGAGGAAAUUCUGGACGUCAUCGAGCCUGCGGAGUUUCAGAAGGUCAUGGACCCACUGUUUAGACAACUUGCUCAGUGUGUCUCCAGUCCUCACUUUCAGGUGGCAGAACGAGCGUUAUACUACUGGAACAACGAGUACAUAAUGUCCCUAAUAUCGGACAACGCGACGCACAUCCUGCCCAUCAUGUUCCCGUCCCUGUACCGCAACACCAAGAGCCACUGGAACAAGACCAUCCACGGCCUGGUGUACAACGCGCUCAAACUGUUCAUGGAGAUGAACCAGAAGCUCUUCGACGAGUGCACGCAGCAAUACAAGCAAGAGAAACAGAAUUUGUUUGUUUUCAGAGAGCGUGAACGGUUAAUGCAAAGGGAGGAGCUUUGGCAGAAGCUGGAGGCGCGAGCGGCCGCCAACCCCGCCAGCCGCUCCUUCCCGCGCCCCGCGGAGCCCGUGCCCGACCUGCCGCACAUUGAUAUGACGCUCCCUAGGCUGGACCCCGAAACCAUUGAGGCGCGAAAACAAAGUUACAACGCGAACAAACCUCUCCUCCGAAAGAAGUCGGAACUCCCAGCGGACACCUCGACAGUUAAGGCGCUGAUUGAGCACAAGAGAGCAGACCCCUACCUCGCCACCCCGCCCGACGCCGACUGCUAGCGGGGACUGCGGCCUCGCACCGUGCACGCGAGUUACACCCUUAACACAUACCUGUAUGAACUAGAUUACUGUGACGCUUACUGUAGCGUUCUCUCGUAACAAUCUCAGUGCUCUCAUAGCCUAGAUAGCUUUUCGUCACGUGACAGCGGCUUAUUUCUAUACAAAAGUGACUAUGUAACUGUGACAAAAGUUGCUAAUAGCCUCUGAACUUAAGUUGAGAUUUAUAAGGCGCACUUUGACUUUGCUCAGACUUAAGAGAUUGUUAAAACGAGACAGCGCUAUACCGCUGGCAUAAAUCUGUCUCGUUUUAACUCAAACUUAAGUCUAAGCAAAGUCUAAGUGCGCUCUAUGGAUUUCAACCUUAGAGGCUUUUUGUCACGUGGCUUGUUUCUAAACAAAAGUGACUAUGUAACUGUGACAAAAAAUGUUAAUUGUCUCUGAACUUAGAGAGGCUUUUUGUCACGUGGUUUGUUUCUAAACAAAAGUGACUAUGUAACUGUGACAAAAGUUGCUAAUAACCUCUGAACUUAGUGUCUUAUGCAUUUUGUCACGUGACAGCAGCUUGAUUCUACACAAAAGUGACUAUAUCACUGUGACGAAAGUUGCUAUCCUUUCCCAGUUCACCAAAUAAAAAACGGUCUAGAACGCUUAUUAGUUACACCUGACGAGGCAGCACAUAGGCUAAUGCCGAUUGCUAGCGGACACUGCAGCCUUGUAUUCUGCACACAAGUUACAAGUUUUAUACAUGUUACGGGCAACGUGAUUAACUGGGCAUUAUUAAUAAAGACCGGCCAUUAUUAAUAAUGCCCAAGAGCGAUGGGCAAAGUGAUUAAUUUAUCACUUUGCCCGGCCAUUAUUAAUAAUGCCCGACGGCCAGUGGUCCAUGUAAUAAAUCAGUGUUUGAGAUAGCUUGAAUUUAUCACUUGGACCGGGCACUAUGAAUAAUUCCCUACUUGUUGCCGGGCAAUGUGAUAAAUUAGACCGCGGCAGGUUAGGUUAGGUUAGGUUUACCGCACAGUGUCAUGGACCGCUGCUACGCUGCUUUCGGCUGACCCGCCGUGGGAACUCCGGGCCGAGAUGCAUGCGGAGGUGUACCGGUCGGUACCGAGCGGAUUUGAGGGCUCAGGAUGAGAGGCCAAGUCUGGACGAAGUUCAGAGGAUCAGAGCCAUUGCACCGACGGCCAUGAUCAGCAGAUGAAAGGAGGACUUGCAAAACCCUAAUGCAGGCACCCUGACUGUCGUGGCAAUGUAGCCCCACCUGGAGCGCUGGCUGAAAAGACGUCACGGGACCUUAACUUAUCGGUUGGUGCAGGUGCUUACAGGAGAUGGGUGUUUCGGUAAGUACCUGCACCAGUUUACAAGGCGGGAAGUGACCCCGGCCUGCCACGAAUGCGGUGCAUCCUCCAAUACGGUACAGCACACACUGGCGGAAUGCACAGCCUGGGCGCCGCAGAGGCAUCCAUUGUCGAUCAUCUUGGGCAGCGAUCUAUCGCUCCCAAGCGUGAUUAACGCAAUGUUCGCAAAUGAGACUUGUUGGACGGCAAUGGUGUCCUUCUGUGAGGAAGUGCUCGCACUGAGUGGGUAUUCUGGUUGUCAGUGAGUCCCACAUACCCCUCCCGGAAGCAGCGUGGGACCCUGCUCUGCUUCCGGGAGGGAUGCGUAAAAGCAUUUCCCAGCGAUAAAAAAAAAGGUAAGGUUAGGUUAGUUUUUGUCAAAAUAAAAGUAGGUGACUAAUGAUGUUAUUACAUUUUAACUGUUUAUUUUUUAACUACUGUGCUCAAUAGUUUAUUUUUUGUUAACUUUUCGUGAUAAUUUCGUAAGUUUAAUUUCAUUUAAUAAACAAAAACACUACAUUUUA